GAGUCAGCAGCCCAUGCAGUUCAUUGAAAUGACAUUCUCUAAACUAAAGUAAAAAUGAUUCCGUAUUUAUCUGCUUCAGAGAUUAUGAUAAGAGGCCUCAAAGAUGAAAACAACGAAUAUUUACAACAAACUUUCUUAGUGAAACAAGUAUCACAGAGAGGGAGAUCGGUUUUUUCGAAAAAAACGUUUAAAAAAGGUGAUUAUGUGAUCGAGUACAAAGGAACUUGUAAAGAAUACGAUGAACACGAGUUCCGUGCUCUUCAUGCUACUUAUGAAAAGAAUGGUGAACUUUCAUAUUGUCUUGAAUUUAGUGUUGAAGGUAAAAAGUACCUUAUCGAUGCAACAAGGGAGUUCGAAUUUGGGAUAGCACGAUUGAUUAAUUAUGCAAAAAAUCCGAAUCUUAAAUUAUUUCGGCCUCUAGUUGUUGAGAACGGAAAGAAUCCCCGAAUUGCGAUAUAUGCGGCAACUAAUAUAUCCGUCGGAGAGGAAUUAUUUUGGGAUUAUUUUUCAUCUUUAAACCCAGCAAAGUGUUUGCUCAGUUCCAACAAUGCAGAGCUUGACGAAAUUAAAUGGAUUUACUCCCGACGAUUGAAGACCGGUAAAAUAACUUACAAACUUCCAAAACGCAGAAUAUCUGAAAGAAGUGGAGUAUGUGUAAUUUGUUACAAAUAUUUAAAGAAACUUUCAAAUCAUUUGAUAACUACACAUGGAGUAAGCGAAAAAGGUCAACGGCAGAAAAUGAUACUGGAAGGCCGCAGUUUGAAAAUUGGAGACGCUUUGGAUGCGAUCAAACCCGAUGUCAAGCGACGCAGAAAAUUAACUUGUCACAUUUGUUCUCGUGAUUAUUUUCAGCUGUCUACACAUUUAGCAAGGGUUCAUAAGUUGUCUCCUGAAUUAAGACGGUACCAUGUUGAAAGCAGCAAAAAAAUGUGACUUUGAAAGAGACAAAUGUCAGAAAAAAUAUCAUAGAUAAAAUAUCCUAAUUACUU